AGCGUCACCAGUGUUAUAUAAACCACUCACCUGCCUGCCGAGCUUUGUCACUCAAGGCACAACCCACUGAAGACAGCCAAGAUGAAAGUCAAGAACAUGACAUUCAAGGAGGGGCAUGAGUUCAAGAUCCGCAUCAAGCCCACGGACGACUGCAACUCCUUUGCCAUCAACAUCGGUCAUGAUGCUGAGAACAUUGCGAUGCACUUCAACCCCCGUUUCGACUGUGGCAAUGACACUAACACCAUUGUCUUCAACUCCUUGUCCGGGGGGUCCUGGGGUGAUGAGCUCCGUGAGGGAAACUUUCCCUUCGUGCGUGGGGAGGAAUGCAAGUUUCAUGUCAACUUCAACAAUGAGCAGUUUUACAUCAAGCUUCCCGAUGGUUCCAUGUUGAACUUCCCCAACCGACUGGGAGACGUCAAGUACCAGUACUUUGAUGUCAGCGGGGAAGCAAGGAUCAUCGGCAUCAAGAUCAAGUAGAGGCUGAACUCUUCUUAACCCUUUGACUCUUGAUCUGUCCACCUUUUGUUUGUUGCUGAAAUAGUCCGUUUUACAUUACUGAGCCCAGGCCUGCUUGUUCAUCUUUUCUCCUGGUGAGGCAUUAUGGGGAAAAAAAAUGUGUAGCAAUGUGUAGUGCUGAUGUUGUAAUAAGAGGAAUUGGCCUAAAGAGGGAGCCACAGCACAUCUUACCUCAUUGUGCCUGUUUGACAGCUUAUCAGUCACUGGGUUUGUUAAUAAAUGCUGUGAAAAAAUCUCUGU